AUGCUCUAUAAUAAUACGAAUGGAGGCCCUGCAGCAGCAGCAGCAGUCACUGCCGAGACAGAGAAUGGAUCACAGACACAUUAUGAUGGCAUUUAUGUACAUAACCAGUCGGUGCCAUCACCUACACAAGAGAUGCCACCAAAGCAUGGCGCCUCUGUAGUGGUGCCAGUGCCACUGCCCAAGCCACCAAUGUUUCAAAAGGCGAGAGAAAUACCUCCAAUCCCCGUCAGACCUUCAAACCUAAAUACCAACACAAAUACGACAAACAUAAGUAGUCGCGAUGACUUGUCGAGUCAAGUCGUACCAAACAUACCUGGUGAAGACGAUACACCAGCAACAGCCACAGCAACAACAACAGCCACAACAACAGCUACAACAACAAAACCUUCCAAUAUUGUUGCUGAGGUCGAUAUGAAUGGCAAUGGCACUUCACCAAGUAGACCAUUCAAUAAUAAUAAUAUACAUAGUGCGCCACAUACACCUAUUCAAGCACCUGCAUCAACUCCUCCUCUGGUAACAGCAGCUAUGCCUCCACUGCCAACAACCCCUCAACAAUCGCAUGCCAACAGGAGUAGCCCGAUGCGCCCUCCGCAUCCACCUUCGCCCCAAUCCAUCUCGCAUCAUCACCAUCAGCAACAACAAUCAAACGACUUGAAAAAGCCCAGACGUACAAAGUCAAAUUCAAACUGCGAGUUCAAACUCGAGAGCAAACUGGUGUACCCCCCACUGCCGCCAGUGCCACAGUUGGUGUCGUCGAGUCUCCCGCCACUGCCGCCCAUACCUCCCGCAGCAGCUCCGCAAUCAGGCGUUGCCCCAGCACCCUCAGGAAUGUACUACAACUCGAACGCCAACGCCAACUCUACUCCAUUGUCAUCAUCAAUCUCUUCCAACGGAUCAUCGAUCAACAACGAAUCAGUGCUGAUCAAUAGUUUACAUAGGAGUAGCAGCCAGGGUGUAGUAGCAGCGGCAACGACCACUCCAUCCAACACCAGCGCACAGAGUAUGGACAUACCGAUGGACACCCCGGAGGCAUGUCUAUCGCCAAUACUCAAGUCUCACUCUUUCAGAGCAAAGUACUUCACACAGCCAACGAGAUGUCGUGGCUGCGAGCAGUUCAUUUGGGGCGUUAUUGGCAAACAGGGCAUGGUCUGCAAUGAUUGUGGAGGUUCCUUCCACAAGGCUUGUGCACCAAAGGCGUUGGCCUGCACUCCCGGCCACCCAAUGAAGAAGAGCGAGUCAAAGAGCGACCUGGCCAUCGAGAAGGAUCAAUCCCAGGACAACUCUAGCAACAACAUUAACGACAACAGCAGUACGAGCAGCAGUUGCAGUAACACCAGUAUCGACAUUCCAUCACAGCAACAACAGGUACCAACACCAACAGCGCCCAGAGAGGGUGGACUGACUCCACGAGGCAAGAGCCAGAGUGAUGGAUCGAUCAAUUGUAACAACAUAAAUAAUAACAGCAGCAACAAUAGCAGUAGCAGCAGUAUCGGCAACAGCAACAAUGGUAGCACGCAGAAUCUGAUGCCACUGUUUAUGAACUCAACUGCAGGUGUCUCGACAUCCAACACCUGUCCAUCCUCGCCAACCCCAGAGGCAGUUGUGCCAAAUGGACACCGAAAGAAGCAAAGACGCAGCAGCAUGGACUCCUCCCUCAAGGACUUCCAACAUUCUUUCAAGAGUCAUAUCGGUAACGACGAGACAUUACUCACACACUACAGCUGUGGAUAUCAGGGAUCAGUUCUGAAGCAUGGUCGACUGUACAUUACUGAGCACUACUUGUGCUUCUACGACAACCUGGUGUUUGACAAGCAUAAGCAACGCCAGAAGAUCAUCCCAAUCUCUGGCAUUACUAGCAUCGAGAAGAAGUCUGGAUUGGCACCCAAUGGUAUCCUGGUGAAGACACAGGAUCGCGAUUUCCAAUUCUGUCUAUUUAUACAUAGGGAUGAGGCGUAUGAAGUGAUCGAGUCAUUGAUGUUGUAUCAAGAGAAGCGAUUGUUGUCUGAGAGUAUACAUCAGAGGAAUUUGAAUGGUCUGCGCCAGGCACUGAGUCAACGCAAGUCACGUGUGUCAGUGUCACCGACAACUGGUCUGCCAAAGAGUAGCAAGCGAACAAAGAGUACAGAUAGCACCUCAGUGUUCAACACUCUGAAGAUACCCAUGACCUUUGAGGAUCCACCUUUGGUCACAGUGAUCAAGAUGAACGACUUUGAGAUGUUGAACAUCCUACUCGAGUACUACAAUCAGAACAGAUCGGACGAGGUCAAUCACGUUGAUAAGGAGGGAUACACACCAUUGCAUGUGGCUGUAUCUAGUGAUAUAUCGGAUAAUAUGAUGAUACAGAUACUUAAGCAUAAUGCUAUCAAGGUGAGCUUGAAGAAUGUGGAUGGUAAUACUCCUUUGCAUUACUUUUGCCAGAAGUUCAGGUCGCCCGAGUGUCAGAAGAUCGUCCAGAUGUUCAUUGAGCGUGGUGCCAACGUUAACGAGCAGAACAACAUUGGCGAGACACCUCUACACAAGGCCAUCUUCAACCACAGUGUGCGUAUGCUGAUGGUACACGUUCUAAUCAAGAACAAUGCCAACAUCAACAUUGUCAACAAUGCUGGAGAGUCUGCGCUACACUACGCCGUGCGUCUUGGUCGCCUGGACGUCCUCAAGUCUCUGGUCAUCGCCGGAGCCGACCCAACCCUGAUCAGCACCAAGCAAAAGAAGACCCCAUUGAUGUUGGCUGAGGAGAACAACUGUGCAGAGAUUAUAGACCUGUUGAUGAGACUUGAAUUUAUAAUCAAUACAUUAUCAAUGUGUGGACUGUCUCAAUACAGGAUGGCACUGACACUUGAGGAGAUUGCAAUGGAGGGAUCACUGGCGAGGAUGGACGACGAGAUGAUGAUCCGAUUGGGAUGCACCGAUGAGGAGCAAAAGAAGUUAUUGUUCUCACUAAAGAACAAGAAGAUAUUGGUGGGCAAGAUGCCAGCCAUCACUCCAGGCGCAAUGGACCUGCUAAAGGAGCUGGAGAACAUGGACAUCAAGAAUGGCAAGUGGAUCAUCACUCAUCACGAGCUAGAGUACACUGAUAAGAUCGGUUCUGGUGUAUCAGGCAAGGUCUACAAGGGACUGUACCGCGGUCGUCAGGUAGCCAUCAAGGUUCUGAAGAGUGCUGACGAGGCGCACAACCGUGAGGAGUUCCUCAAAGAGUUCCAUGUGUUGGCAUCACUGCACUCAAGUCUGAUCGUUGGCCUGUAUGGCGUGGUGCUUGAACCACGCAUCUGUCUGGUGAUGGAGUACUGCUCGCGUGGCAGUCUCUACCAGGUACUGCACAGCGAGAAGCUGACUUGGGACAGAUUCUUCUCGUUCUGCGGUCAGCUCCUCAAUGGUCUGGCAACACUUCACCAGUCCAAGCCACAAAUCCUUCAUCGCGACGUCAAGAGUCUCAACUUCCUGGUCACGCAGGACUAUCGCAUCAAGGUCGCCGACUUUGGUCUCAGUCGUUUCAAUACCAAGUCCAACCAACUGACUCUAAACAAGACCAGAGGUACCAGCGCCUACUGCGCGCCCGAGGUGUUCCAGGGCAAGGAGUACCAGGAGAAGUCCGAUAUAUACAGUCUUGGCGUCGUCUUUUGGGAGCUGAUCUUUGCGCUGAUCAAUGGACGAUACCUGCAUCCUUACGGCGAGUACAAGAAGAUGAACGAAUUCCAGAUCAUGCUGUACACGUCCAACCAUAACCUGCGACCGACAAUUCCGGGCAACUGCCCGCUGAGCAUCAGGACCCUGAUUGCCAAAUGCUGGGACAAGGACCUGACGGAGCGACCCACUGCCACCGAGGCGACGGAAAUCAUAGCGGCCUGCCAACAGGAGUUCAAUCAGAACCAGGCACAAUGGUUGGAGAUCCUGACGAUGAAGGAUGAGACCAGCAAGCACCUACCUCCCCUUGACGCCGAAUCAAACUCGAGUGAAUCAGACGAUUGA